AUGCUUGUACUUGGUGCCACCAGCAACGUGUGCGCUGUGACAUAUCGCGCACAGGGCCUCCCUGCACAAGAUGCUCUCAAGACGGUGAACUUGAAGGCUUUGUUACUGGACUUGGGUGCUGAAGACCAGGAGCUGGAGACGGCCAGAGGAGCCCUGCUACUUUCAUACCAAGCUUCAUCCGAUAAUCCUCAAAUCGGAAGCCUCAUGCUAGGAACUGCGAUAGAAAACUGCACGAUCGCAGAUAAAACAGCUUCCGCCUCCCCCUUUGCCAUGAAAAACACACUCAUUAAACGCGUAUGGUGGUCAAUCGUCCUGCGAGACGGGUUUAUCUCGCUUGCAUUCCGACGCAAUACUCAGAUAAACUGGUCGAAUCCUAAUCUGAAAGCAAAGUUUUUGGAUGAGAGCGAUCUUGAAGACGAGAUAGAGAAUUCUGAAGUCUACGACCGAACGAUAAAACGAUUUCAUAUCAAGACUUUCGAAAGGCAAUGUCAGUUGGCUGUUAUAGUCAUUGAAAUGAUGUCUGCAUUUUUCCCACAACAAUACCGUUGCAGCUACGAAUCUAUUGAUGAGGUCACGGGGGCCAUGAAAGAAAUACAGGAUGUCAAACAUGCUUUUUCUUGCUGGGAACAAAUAAGCUACGAAGUUCUAUACCCAGAAGAGCAACCGUGGCCAGAUGCGGCCACAAACUUUACCAAUAUGACUCGUGCAUACUACUUUACUGCCAAGAUUCACCUGAUACACUGUGAAGCAUUUAUCCUGGAAUCGAAUAGGUCGAUUGCCACAGAUGAAGUUAUUACGCAGACAAGAGACUCGGCGCGGCAUCUCAAGCACGCAGUUACUGAAGUACAUCGAGUUUUGGCGUACAUGAGUAAUUCCCAAAACAAGGAGACCAUUCCAUUGAGCAUGCUCGCUCUUAUGGCAUGGCCUCUAGCUAUAGCUGCCAUCGAUGUUAACCUUGCACGGACAAUCGAAGAUAAUAUACAGCGAACGCAGCAGAUGAGUUGUCUAGGCGAAAUUUAUCGGUAUCUGACCGGUGUUGCUGAUGUCACGAGCUUUGUCACUGCAGGGGCGAAGCAGAUCUUACUUCUUGCAAAUAUGGCAGUGCAGCAACUCCUGACUCGAGGUCAAAUGGCAAGCCCAUCAUCGAUACUGGCCAACAAAACUCAUGGAAUUAACCCCCAUCGGUAUGAGAGCAGCCCCGGGGGUGAUCAGAAUAAUGAUCUGCACGAUUGGGUGGACAUCUUCAACCAGUAUCCCGAAGUCUAUCUGUUGAUAUCCAAAUCCACUGACUAUGCCCUGUCUUGUGGUCGCUUACCGGAUCAAGAUAAGUUGCCCGAGUGCCUUCGAUCGGCGAAUACUUUCAGUGCAAUGGACCUCAGGCUACCAUGGCUAAAUGGCCUCACUUUCGAUGAAGGAAGAAGAGCCUCACAAUCAAUAUCAUGCGAUGCAGUAAUAACAGAGCAACGUCGAUCAUUUCAGGAUGCUCUGUCUGAGAAAGUUACACCGAUCCCUUUCGAAGGCACAUUGGACUUCCAUUCAAGGGUGAUAGGUGACCAGGGCUUUCAAGCACAUGAGAACCCAAGGGAGCUGCAUGACACAUUUUACGCUAUGGAAGAGAGCGUACCGAAUGACUUUGCGCUAUCAACAGGGCCUGAAACCAGGUAUUUCGAAUCCAUAGACAAUAUGGGUCAUUCCACACGAUCACAAAAGAGCAACCUUACCCCCCAGGAAGGUGAUUCUCUGGAAUUAUUGCAAGCAUCACUUGCGGACCCGGAUUAUUGGGAUGGAUUUGGACAAUUGGACUUCCGUGGUGCAUAUCUUGAACCUGAAUUGUGGUCUAGUUUUUGA